UCAACAAAAACAUUUCCAAAUAUACACACGAAAUUGUGUGUACUUUCUGCUUUUUAUUAACCGUCCGAAACACACAACUUGUAUAUAGUAUAGUUCUAGUUUAUUUGGUUGUUAGAGCUUUCAGCUACGAUCCUUUGCGCUGCGCCAUGGCCGAUGAUGAGGAUAAACCAAAGAAACACACACUCGACUCGCUCUUCCAUGUUUACUGCAAUCACAAGGUGCUGGGCAACGAGCUGGAGAACGAGGAGUUCCACAGCAUUUUACUCUCGCAGCUGGACAACUGGCUGCAGCAGGCCAAGCUGAUGCCGGUGCCCAUAACGCGCACACAAACUGGACUCAUCUAUAUGCGCUACAAAAAGUGGCGUCUGGAGUAUGAGGAUUUCCUUGAGGUGCUGCAGCAUCUGAGCAUGGACGCUGAUAUUAACUAUGAGGAUUUUAAGGACACACUUGUCGCCGCUGGACCGCCCACCGGCGCCACCGAAAUAGUCGUGGUUAAAUAAUUGUACUCACAAAUUUUAAAUUUAAUAAUGUGAAAAAAAACAGCAUAAAAUAAUACGUUUAGUCAUAAAGUUGAUAACAAUUGCACAUAGAAA